UGGAAUUUAAAAUUUGCUUGUCUAUUUCAAAAACCAUUUAAGUUCCUGACCUGGUGUAUAAAAUGUGGUGCAAGCACACGCCACAAUUUUUAUUUUAUCCAAUUUGAUUGCGAUUAGUCAAGGUCUCGAGCGAGCCUAGACCAUGGUAACAUUUACUCUGUUAUCAAAUGGAUGCCCACCGUUUAAUGUGAAACAUGAUCUGUGGCGUGGUGGGUACCACCACGGGGGUGGUACUAUGUUUGGUGCUUAUUUUUAAGGGUGCGCAGGGCGUCGGCGAAGAAAACAACGUUUGUCCCACUUUCGAGGACUAUUACACGAUCAAAAACAAUUCGAAUUGCUGGUACGAUCUCGGUGCUGAUUUUGUGGCGCCAGAAAUAAUUCAUCAUUUAGGGUAUCCAGUGCAAACUUACAGAAUAGUAACCAGAGAUGGGUACAUCCUCACUCUGUUCAGGAUACCAAAUGACAGCCAGAGAAAUCCGCAUGCCAAAAAGCAUCCAGUUUAUUUGCAACAUGGAUUAGUGGCUACUUGUAAUAAUUUUUUGGCUUUACAGAAAGACUCUUUGGCAUUCGUUUUGUGGGAAGCCGGUUAUGACGUUUGGCUGGGAAAUUAUAGAGGCACUUUUCCCUCGGCAUAUCACGUUAAUAUGACUACUAGAGAUCAAGAGUUUUGGGCAACAAGUAUGGACGAUGUAGCCCUUAUAGAUCUACCGGCAAUAUUUCACACAAUCCUAAGCCACACUAGUCCAGACAAUCAGAUCAUCUACAUUGGACAUUCGCUGGGUACCACUUUUGCCCUGAUGUACGGCAGCGAAUUUCCCGAAGAAGCUCGCAGCAUGAUCAAAAUGUUCGUUUUACUUUGUCCCGCUUACACUCUCAGCAGAAUGAUCUCGCCUUAUAAAGUGUUUGCUCCUUAUGGGAACUGGGUUGUGGAUACAGUCCGUGAUUUGCAAAUAGAACGUAUCGUGUCAGAAGCCAACGAACUAAGCAGAUUGAUUCAGCCUUGCAAAGAAUCGCCGCCAAUGAUGAGAUUAUGCAUGCAACUUUAUAAUUUAUUCUACGGACCAAAAGCCGAUUUUGGACCUGAAAUAGUUCCUGUAUAUUUUAGGCAAUUACCUGGCGGUACUUCGAUAAGGAUUUUAAACCACGCCGCCGAUUUGGUGCUCGGCAAUUUCCGAAAGUACAAUUACCCGCCGGAAAUUAAUUUGCAAAAGUACGGUACCACCGAGGCUCCACUUUUUGAUGUAUCGAAAAUCGAAGUUCCUACUUAUAUUGUGUAUAGUACUCAAGACUGGGCCACACCAGAGGCCGAUGCACUUCAUUUGUACAGAAAUCUCAACGAGAAGGCACGUUACGGAAUAAGGAAAAUCGAUUUGCCUUUUUUCAACCACAUCGAUUUUGUAAUGGGGAGAAAUGCUAGAAGGAUUGUUUAUGAUCCUUUAGUUCGGAUGCUUAAUAAGGCAAUAAUACCUUAAAUACAUGAAGUCACUGAGAAAAUCUCAAUUUCUUCGUGAUACUUUAAUUUUUGUUGGGAAUUAAUUUAAAUUGAUUUCCGAACAAAAUGAAUCUAUAGUUACCAUUUAUCAUAUGUGUUCA